GUUACAAGGAGGCGACGAGCGAUCGAUAUUGAAAGAUGGGAGCAGCUAAAUGGAUACCACUAAUAGCUGCCUUGUCGAAGAAGAAAGGGAAAAGAUGUCAGACGACGCACGAGAAACUCAGGCACCGGAAGAAGAUGGAGAUGAGGAAGAUGAUGAUAAGGCUAGCUACAGAGGAGGAGGAGGAGGAGGAGCCAGAGAGGAAGAUCUGCCGGGAGCUUAUGGAUCUCAAUAAGAACGACAUUUGGGGAGAAUUUGAUUCGGUGGAAAUUGAUGGCAUCCUUAGCGGCGGAACUAAACCCAAGAUCUUGAUCACUACUUGUGUGCCUUGUAUUGCCAAAGAGCUUCUCUCAGUGUUCCCGAAUUCUAAAUCCUAUGAGACCCAAUUUCUCAAGGAGAAAUUUCUCUCACCGUACCCGAGUUCUACACUCACUGACACCCAAUUACACGAGAUCAUAGAGUAUGCAAAGGCAAAUUGUUUUACAGCUCUCAUUAUCACUGAUACAACCCGUCAUGCAAAAAAUUUCACACAUGGUAUAAUCUGUAUCAUGAGCUUGCUGAAUGGGGCUGCCGCUUAUUUCGAACUUGCAGAUUUCAUCCCACGGAUGUUACUGCGGGAUCUUGUAGAUCCCCCAAGCAAGUUCUAUCCGCAGCUUGUUACGACGCAGUUUACAUCUCCUUUGGAUGUUGGUACUGAGAGAUUCAUUCGAUCCCUCUUCCCCAAGGUUUCUUUCUCAGCUGCAAAGAGGAGUACUGUGGCCUUCGUUAACUAUCCGGAUGAUCUUAUACUUUUUCGUCAUGAUUGUUUCUGCUAUGUGAAAGCCCCUGACGGUAAAAGUGCAAGACUUGUUAGCUCGCAGGAGUGUGGACCUCGUUUCUUACUCAAGUUACUGGCGUUAGAGAAGAUAACAAUUUGACACAAGGUAAUCACCGCAACACUGAUUUGUCUGAUAAUGAGUUUCUUUUCUCGAGAAGCCCUGACUUAAGACAUUGUUUUUUCUUUUGUUGCCUUGCCAAGUCGCUGCCGGCUAGAUGUUGGAGGGCUAUAUUAUGAAAUCAGCUUUGCUUCUUGCAAUGGUAAACCAGUGUGUGCGUAUUUCGUCUAAUUUUAUGUUUC